CAAAUAAGAAGGAUCCUAGAGCCACAAGUCAUACAACUUGGAAAGCUAAGCGAAGUGUUUUUUUUCCCUAUUAUCUGAAAAUAUGAGGCUUUUCAUCACUCUUCUCCUUGCUGUUUUCUUGCAUGUCAGCUCAACGAAUGGCCGCAAAGACGCCGGAGAGUAUUGGGGAGAGAAAGCAAUUGAAGCCCUUGGAAUGAACCUAGAGUUAAAUGAAGAAGGGAAUCCUUUAAUGAAAAAACCAAUAAGCAUUUCUUUGGUUAAGGAUUUUGGGCCUCGUCAUAAUCCUAUUGUAUUAAUGCAUGAUGGUAAGGCUAUUUCGACCAUGGAAAAUAAUGGUUUAUUGACUGGCCAAUCUUUUGUAAUGGACUUUGGCCCUCGUUAUAAUCCUAUUGUGUUAACGCAUGAUGACAAGGCUACUUCGACCAAGGAAAAUAAUGGUGUACUGACUAGCCAAUCUUUUGUAAAGAACUUUGGGCCUCGUCAUAACCCUAUAGUGUUAACGCAUGAUGGUAAGGCUAUUUCGACCAUGAAAAAUAAUGAUUUAUUGACUGACCAAUCUUUUGUAAAGGAUUUUAGACCUCGUCAUAAUCCUAUUGUGUUAACGCAUGAUGGUAAGGCUACUUCGACCAAGGAAAAUAAUGGUUUAUUUACUAGCCAAUCUUUUGUAAAGGACUUUGCGCCUCAUCAUAAUCCUAUUGUGUUAACGCAUAAACGUAAGGAUAUUUCCACUAAGGAAGACAAUGGUUUAUCAAUUACCCAAUCUUUUGUUAAAGACUUUAAAUCUCGUUAUAAUCCUAUUGUGUUAACUCAUAAUCGCAAGGUUAUUUUCACCAAGGAAAACAAUGGUUUAUCGACUAGUCAAUCUUUGUGAACUACUUUGGUCCUACGCCCAACCCUAUUCCCUGGAAGCAUUACUAUUUAUGUUAAUUAAUUAUAAUUAUGAAAAUAAUUAUAUGAGCCAUUUGGCAGCAUUAUGUUGAAUUAUUUAGUAUCUGUUGAUGUAAUGGGUUUGUAAAAUUUCGUUUAUGUUUAAUGUAAUAUAUAUAAUAAAGUUUAUUGAUGUAAAUUAACAUGGUUAACAAUAGUGUCAACAACUUAGGAGAUAAAUGUCAUUUGAAGAGUUUGAACACACAUAUUUAGCAA